CUUAUAGCCACUCCCGCGUUCAGUCAAUUGGCCGCGUUUCCUCACUCUAAAUUGUCCACUCGCAUUAUCAGGUCAUUCAUUGCCUGCUGAAGCUUCACAUGUCGCCAUUCUGACUUGGUCCGAUUUACAAUCACUCGAGAAUCGCAUCCACCAAUAUGCAUCGGCCAGCUGGCCCGUUCCGAGUUAUUCUCGGCUUUCUCUUGUCUCUGCUGAUACUCCAAGCAUCUGGAAAGAAGGACAAGCCCGAUAUCAUCACCACCGACCUUGACGGAAUUCCAUCAAAUUUCCUUUACUUCGAGGACAGUGAUGUCGCCUUAUUCACGGACCAAGAUGCGCAUACGGCAUACCGAUCUAGUGAUGGAGGCGCAAACUGGAAGCCGCUCUCGGGCGUGGAAAAGGGCGACGUAUUGGACGUCCUGAUGCAUCCCUAUGAUCGAAGAGUUGCAGUCGCAGUAGGUGGACACAACAAACAUUGGAUGACUUCGGAUCGCGGAGAGACGUGGCAGGAGUUUAGUACACCGGAACCUGCUUCGCGGAUAAGGCCUGGAAUCGCGUUUCAUGCGACCGAUCCUAAGCGCAUGAUCUUCAUGGGACAGUCAUGUGUUGGACCAUUCUGUGAAGAUCUCGUAUUCUAUACUCUCGACGGGUUCAAGACAACUGAACGACUCCGGGAUAGCCUAGUCAAUUGUCUUUGGGCUAAAUCCACGGAACUAUUUACGACAGGAGACAAGGAGCUUGACUCCAAUCUCAUUCUGUGUGUUGCGACUGGCAAGUUCUCCUUGUUCUCUUCCGAAUUGAGGAUUGUUACGUCGUCCGAUUUCUUCAAGACGGAAGAAGAGCCGCGUGUCGAAGGUAUUACCAUCCAGGGAAUCACCAAUCUUGCAGCCGUGAGGCGCUAUUUGGUGUUCGCGGCCAAGAGCAAAGCAACCGUCGAAUUGGCUCUAUACGUCACAGAUGACGCGAAGACAUGGCGCCGCGCCGAAUUUGGCGAGCACAAAUUGGAGGAGAAUGCGUAUACUUUGCUGGAGAGUACUAACUACAGCAUGCAAGUGGACGUUAUGCCAACGCGAUCGCUGAUGGGAAACCUUCUCACGUCCAACAGCAAUGGCACAGAGUUCACGAAGAACAUAGAUCACACCAAUCGAAACGCUCAAGGUUUCGUCGACUUUGAAAAGGUCGCCAACCUACAGGGUGUCGUCCUUGUGAACGUUGUGAACAACCACGAAGAACUGGAGAAGUCGCGGGAUGCCGAGAAAAAGCUUGCGUCCAAGAUAUCUUUCGACGACGGACAUACCUGGGAAGAUCUCAAGGCUGGCUCGAAACAACUGCACCUUCACUCCGUCACUGAGCAACGAAACAUCGGACGCCUGUUCAGCAGUUCAGCGCCAGGUAUGGUAAUGGGAGUCGGCAACACAGGAAAGACUUUGAACGCGUACGAAAAAGGCGACCUUUAUGUCUCCGACGAUGCCGGUCUCAACUGGAAACGUGCGCUCGAGGGCCCACAUAUCUACGAAUUCGGUGCUCAAGGAUCCGUGCUUGUCGCCAUUGAAGAUGGUGAAACGGAUGAGAUCAAAUGGUCUCUCGAUCAUGGUGAAAAAUGGUCGUCAACGAAACUCGAUAAGAAAGUGGUUCCGUUUGCACUGACAACGACUCCCGACUCGACGUCGCUCAAAUUUCUCUUAGUCGCAUCGGUGGGCAAGGGAAAGAAGGCAUCCUGGCAGACCGUCAGUUUCGAUUUUGAGGGUUUGCAUGAACGCGAAUGCAAGGAUAGUGACUUCGAGGUCUGGACGGCGCGGGUCGACGACAAAGGGAAGCCCAUUUGUGUCAUGGGCCACAUUCAAAAAUUCAAGCGAAGAAAAGCGGACGCGGACUGUAUCGUCGCGAACGACGAUUUCGCCGAUCCUGUGGAGGAGUCAGAGAAAUGUGAGUGCACCAAAGAAGACUUCGAAUGUGACUACAACUUCAGGCUUGAGGAUGAUAAGUGCGUUCCCGCGGGUCCGAUUCAGGCCCCCAAAGAUGCUUGCCAAAGUGAUGGUGGCAAGUUUGAGGGUUCUUCCGGCUAUCGCUUGGUCCCAGGCAAUCAGUGUAAGGGCGGCGUUGACCUGGCUAAGCCAGUAUCCCGUCCUUGUGGGGACAGCAAGACACCCGUCGCAAAUGGUGAGAUAUCGAGCGAGGUCACCAACUUCGAUGGAAGCAAAGUUUUGGAGUGGUACUAUCUUGAGCGCGAGCCAACAGCCCGUGGCGAUGACGAGACUGUGGUUAUGCGAACAAAAGAGCGUGACGUAUGGAUCACUCACGAUCAUGGAAAGACGUGGCGCGAGAUUCUGAAGGGCGAAGACGUCCUCGCAAUCUACCCACAUCAGUACAUCAACGACUACGUAUAUUUCAUCACUCCUAAAGACAAGGUGUUCUACUCGGCGGAUCGUGGCCUUGAGAAGAAAUACAAGUACUUCAAAGCUCCCGAAUCACCGACUCACGAAAAUAUUCAGAUCAUACAGUUCCAUCCCAAGAACAAGGACUGGCUCAUUUGGACUGGUGGUCGUGACUGUAGUGGGGCGUCGAAAUCCGAUUGCACGUCCAUGGCACAUGUCUCGUUCAAAGGAGGUGAUGACUGGGAGAAGCUUCUUCCCGCGGUGCGCAAAUGUCUCUUCGUCUAUAGAGAAGACCGGCCAGAGUCGGAGAAGCGCAUCUUUUGCGAGCAGUACGAGAACGAGAAUCGAGAUGAGCCUGUUCAGCUACUGAGCAGUGACGACAUGUUCGCUCACAAGACUAAGAUGAAAUCCGACGUCAUCAAUUUCGCGUCAAUGGCGGAGUACCUCGUGGUGGCAGUUCGCGAUGAGGACAAGAAGUCCUUGAAGGUGGAUACCAGCAUCGACGGUGUAACGUUUGCGGAUGCCAAGUUCCCUCACAAUUUCAAUGUCCCACAUCAGCAGGCAUACACUGUACUCGAUUCAAGCACACACGCAGUAUUCCUUCAUGUUACGGUCAACGGCAAGGAAGACCAAGAGUACGGAAGCAUCCUCAAGAGCAACAGCAACGGCACUUCUUACGUCCUGUCCGUCUCAGAAGUCAACAGAAAUCGUAAUGGAUUUGUCGAUUUUGAAAAGAUGCAGGGUAUCGAAGGUGUCGCUCUCAUCAACCGCGUGGCCAAUGCCAAGGAUGUCGACGGUGGUGCGUCGAAGAAGUUGAAGACAUACAUCACCCACAAUGACGGUGCCGCCUGGGCGCUCAUUCCCCGACCUAAGGAUCCCCCGCGGGAAAUCGGAGAUCCGUUCGAAUGUAGGUCGUCCGGUGACAAGUGUGCUCUGCAUCUGCAUGGCUACACUGAGCGCGUCGAUCCUCGAGACACUUUCAGUUCCGCGAGUGCAAUCGGCAUGAUGUUUGCAAACGGUAAUGUCGGCGAGUUCCUCGGUCGCAAGGCUGAUGCGGACACAUUCGUCACCAGGGAUGGUGGUAUUAGUUGGAAUUUAGUCGCUAAGGGUAACUGGAUGUGGGAAUAUGGUGAUCAAGGCUCCAUUGUCGUCAUUGUGAAGCAGGGCGAGUCGACCAGCACCAUCCGCUACUCAUUGGACGAAGGCGUGACCUGGAAAGAAUACAAAUUCGGCAGCGAGAUGAUCGUCGACGACAUCUCUACUGUACCAAGCGACACGAGCCGCAAUUUCCUGCUCUGGGGCAGAAUUGGCGGCAAGCUCUCGACUGUCAACAUCGACUUCAGCGGCUUGAAGGAAAGAAGCGAGCAAUGCAAGAUUGACGAAUCUAACGAGGGCAAGAGCGACUACGAUCUCUGGUCACCAAAGCAUCCUCUCCUGAACGACGAUUGCCUCUUCGGCCAUGUGACAGAGUACCACCGUAAGAAGGCCGAGCGGAACUGUUUCAUCGGUCGACAGCCCGAGACUCUCCACAGCAUUGGCCGCAACUGCUCAUGUACUCGAGAGGACUUCGAAUGUGACUACAAUUACGAGAGCGAUGAGCACGGCCAGUGCACUCUCGUACCGGGUCUCAGCAAGGCUGAUCCUGCGGAGGUGUGCAAGAAGAAUCCUGAACUUACAGAAUACUUCGGUAUCACCGGCUACCGCCGCAUCCCUCUCAGCACAUGCACCGGCGGGCGCGACCUUGAAUACACCAGCAUCGUGCAUCCCUGUCCCAACCACGAAGAAGAAUUCAAUCAGAAGCACGGCAUCAGCGGCGUGGGCCUCUUCUUCGCCAUCUUCCUGCCCAUCGCCGCCGCGGCUGGAAUCGGCUACUGGGCAUUCAGAAACUGGGAUGGCAAAUUCGGUCGCAUUCAGCUCGGCGAUAGCUUCGGCUCGAGCUCACGCGGCGCCUUCGACCGCGAUGCGACAUGGAUCAAAUAUCCCGUCAUCGCCCUUUCCGGUGUUGUGGCCGUGCUCGCGACUUUACCAAUGCUCGCGGGCAGCCUCUGGAGGAUCAUCUCGACUAGACUGGGCCGGAGUCGGUCGGGUUACAGCAGCCGUCCAUACACCAGCCGAAGCAGCUUCCAGCGAGGCAAUUACGCUGUGAUGGACCCUGAUGAGGGCGAGUUCCUGGGCGACUCCGAUGAUGACAUUUGAGCGAUGGGCCCAUUAAAUAGCUUUGUAUCAUGUAUCUUUUGACAAACGCGAUGGAAUGUAUGUAUCUAUAUGAUUGCAGAAAUAAGACUUUACGCGGAACCUGCGCAAUCGCCCAUCGUGCAGGGAUUUUGA